CUGCAUUAUUUAUCAUAUUUUUUUUUUAAAAAAAUUAUAAUUACGACUUGAGGAACCGGAUCUCGGGGUGGGAGGCGGUUUGUGUUCGUGCUGGAUCCGGUUCCGAAAGCACGACGCGGGGGGAAAGUUCCAGAAGGCGAGCGAGCGAGCGAGCGAAGAUGGGGAAGAGCAAGCAAAACAAGAAGCACCUUGAGGAAGAGGAGGCGGAGGAAGAGGAGGCGGAGGAAGAGGUGGUGGGUGGAGGGGUACCGGAAGGAGAGCUGGAGGAGGAGGAGUACGUGGUGGAGAAGGUGCUUGACCGGCGAGUGGUCAAGGGCAAAGUUGAAUACCUGCUCAAGUGGAAGGGCUUCUCACAAUCUGAUUGUAGGAGCAACCCCACCGAUAAAGCUUCUGACCUACUUGCUGUACAGCCAAGGGGUGGGAGGAGGGAGGAUUCAAAAAUCGCUGACGCCAGCCUGGACGUCCGUGUUGCCACCAGUGACGACAACACUUGGGAGCCAGAGGAGAACCUGGACUGCCCAGAGCUCAUCACCCAAUACCUGGAUUCUCAGAAGUCGACGCCAAAACAUAGCGGGGCCAGCGAGGAACGGGGGGAAGGGCAGAAGCGCAAGGCCUCAUCCCUCAAUGGCUCAGAUGACGGCCGUUCCAAGAAGAAGAAAGAGGAAAGAAAGGCUGACGACAGAAUCCGAGGCUUCACUCGGGGCCUGGAGCCGGAGAGAAUCAUCGGCGCCACAGAUUCCAGUGGAGAGCUCAUGUUUCUCAUGAAGUGGAGAGAUUCUGACGAGGCGGAUCUGGUACCAGCGAAGGAGGCCAACCUUAAAUGCCCUCAGGUGGUGAUCUCAUUUUACGAGGAGCGCCUCACUUGGCACUCCUACCCCGGCGACGAGGAGGACAGGGAUCGCAGGGAAGAGACUGCCGAGGUGGCUUUGUGAGCCAAGUGGUCACUCCUGAAAAACCAGAGACCACCACCCCUCCAACCCCAUCCUGAUCACAGCCCCCCCCAUCUCUUCCACACCGCCACUGCCAGGGAUUAAUUUCAGCUGGGUUUGUCCCGAGUCGACGACCCCAAGGCCGUUUUCUUGUUUUAAGCGACACUCUUGUUCUCUGCACACACAAAACAAAAAAAGGAAAUUGACGCUACAAAAGAAAUCCGCUUUUUCAGUUCUCGGGAAUCUGCAGCGCACGAAGCCGCCAAUGCCAUUUGAUAAAUUAGCAUAUGUCCAGUCUGUUUCCCUAGAGAAGCGACGCAUAACUACACAGUGCAGUGUGGUUAUAAAGCCUGCCAGGUGUUGCACUGUACACAUUUGGCAGCAAUUUGGCUACAGAGAAGAUGUUGGGAGUGUCUUGCAUAUGUUACGGUUUUUUGCAGUAGUGGAAAAAAUGUGACCUGAAUCACCUUAUUUUGACUUCAAUUUUACCAGAACAAGACAUUUUUUUUUUUACCAGCUCUGUUAUCCGAUAAACAAAAAGGUUUGACAUGCACAAUUAAUAAUUUCUAAUUCUAAUCCCUUUUUCAGUCAUGCCAAUCUCCAAAAUUCACUAGAUCUUGCGACACAAUGUAAUUAAUUUAGUCUCCAUGUGCACAAUUGUUUUUGAACAUUACGAUUGCAUUCAAGCACCCACAUAUUUUGUUGCAUUCUAUGUGGGCAUAAUAGUUAUGUCUCUUAGGAAUUUCGAUGAAAACAUGGCAAUCGGUAGGUGUUGAAUGUGUGGUGAGCACUGCAGAAUCCACAGCUUUGAGACAUUUGUACCCUAGCAGUGAUAUACCAUUGUCUACGGAAUCUUUUGAUCGAAAAUAACGCUUGCGUGUGUCCAUCUAUUAUGCAACGGGACAUACAGAACUAUACGUGCUUCACUCCUUUUCUCUCACGCAAGGGUUAGAGGGAGGGAGUCCCAUCUUCUUUAGCGGAGAGGAAGAAAAGCUUCUGCACUUGUGCUUCACUCAUUCUCGUGUGGAAAGGAAGGAAAAACAAGUUUGGACAGGUUCUGGCCUAUUCUUUGUAACAAAACUCGUGCGUCGUGCCGUGGGACCACUGCAGAAAACCGAAAACAAACAAUUUUAACAGGAUUUCUCCUGUUCCGACAAACAGAAAGAAAGGAAGUGCGUUCAUUCAUCUCGGUCACGAUCGCAAUGGAUAUAAUGUGCAGCCUCUGUUUCCUGAAGUUUUGUUUCAUCCAGCUGUACACGUCUUGUUCGUGUGUCUGUAUCGUGCUCUUUCCUGGUGUUUACUGCAAACAACUUGGUAGAUACCAUCUUUCCAAUCUAGCAUCGCACAUUUGCUGUUUUCUGACAAUUUUCUUUGGCUCUGAGACAUAGCUUGAUAACACAUUUCCUCACUGCUUUUACUCUUGUUGGACCAAUUUACCGCUAUUUUUUUUAACAGUGGAAUACCCGCAACAUAAGCGCAGAGGGUAACACCCAGCCACAAUAAAGAGCAGUCAGACCUGCGAGGACAGAACAUCAGCGUGGGCAGCAUGUCGGGACAGACGGAAGAACGCGAGGCUGUCCGAGCAGUGACUAGGCAGCACGUGCAGUGGUACCGCGCGCACCUCGGCCGGAAACAGCGGCAGGCAAGAAGAACGGAGGACAGAUAACGGCACGGCAGCGCUGAAAUUCAUUUUGGAGGAAAAGCUUGACGCCUUGAGAGCGGGCAGCGGAAAGAGGCACCGGCACCACCAAGCGGAAGUAAGCCGAUGAAAUGGCAUUACGUCGCACGAGAGCUGAAAAAAGAGAGGGGGGGAGGGGGGGAGAGAAUGGUGCCACCGAGUGAGAAAGGGCUGUUGGAUUUGAACGGAGAGGAAGCCAAUGUCGAGACGUGCAGUUCAAAGUCGGGGUGACAUAAUGGGCCUGCUUACCUUGGCCAAGUCACUUCAACUUUGUCUACUGUUGUGCGCUGCAAUUUCCUUGAGGUAGGCUUAAACUUGUCACAAAGGAAUAGUUGUGAUUUUCUUUUUUUAAAUAGCUAAAACAACAUACAAAUACAAUUAAGCUUUAAUGAAAUUACUUUUGAAAGAAUAAAGAUCCUAAAAUAUUCAAAUGUCGAAAACGUAACUGCUAAACGAUAAACGUACAUAUUCACCAUCCCUUUAGCACGGAAGUUCCGCGGGUUCCUGCGAGUACGUUUAAUCUGAUUAGGGUCCGUUUUCUGUUCGCCCUACACAAGUAUAUAAUUUGACGACACGUUCCUUUUGAGCACGCAUUUAUUGCAAAUGUCCGAGCAUUUAGAUGGAACUGACUGUAAAUUUAGAAAUAUCCCCUUUGUGUUGAUGAUCCCAUGAUGGGAGAGUCCCCCAUGGCAUGUUCGUUUACCAUUCCUUGACACGGGAAAUUCAAGGAAUGGCAAUUUCAAAGAAGCUAUGUUUUAUAAGCACUUUUCGUGGGUUUGUAUAUGGGGGAGACUGUUUUUGUUCGUAUCUUAUCUGGGUAAUUUGCUACCUAAUGCUCUUGAUAAAGUUAUGCUAUUGAUGGCAGUCAUUUGUACAUUUAAAACAUUCCUUUUAGCCUUUGGUGAUCAUGCAAAGCGCAUGUCCUUGCAACACAUUUUGGAUGUUUAAAUCUAUAAUAGCCAAAUUUGGUGGCGAAAGUAUUCUGCCCAGGUAUGCCUAUAUUGUGAAGGCAUAUUAACAUCCAUGUACACAUACGUUUACCAUGAAAAUUUUCUCUGGUAAUAUACAUUAUGCCACCAAUAUCUUCACCGCGUAAUACUUAUUUUCUUAAGAGUGAAAUGGUGGCACAGUGGUUGGCGCACUGUUGUGGACUUGGCGACCUGAGUUUGAUUCUCGCCCAUGGCUAACAUCGUUGGCAAAUGAUAUCUGAACGGUUCCUAUGACUAACAGCAUUGGGGACGCUAUCAACAGUGAAUUGACAAAGGCUGAUACGUUAUUAUAUUACAUUUUAUGCAAAAUGUCUACUUUCAGAUGCUGUUUAAUAGCAUGUAAUUUCCUUUUGUCUUAAACCAUACCAAUUACAACAACUUAAAUGUAUGGGUGAUUUACCUUAUUUUCCCGCAUAUAACCCGCAGACGCAUAUACCCCGCAAAAAUAGCGUUUUGUAUAAAACAAAUUUCAGAUUGCCCACACCUCCAUAUACCCCGCAGGGUCUUGUUUUGUUUGUAAAAAGUGGUAUACCCCGCGGGUUAUAUGCGGGAAAAUACGGUAGUUAUGCAUACAAAGUGAUUUAAUGCUAUUGACAAUGUGUCCAAUGCAUGUAUAAUGUAGAGGAUGGGCACGGCCAAACUGCGGCUUGCAAGCCACAUGGCUCCUGGGCAGUUCAAGUCCAUCACGAUAGAUACGCGGACAAUUUAGAAUGUUUUUGUUUAUUUCAAACAGGACAAGUCUGGUAGCACAGCCAGACAUGAAUCCUGCGUUGGGUUGCUGCCACAGAUUUUCUGAGUUUAAAACUCCACAACCAAACAGGGCAAGUGAACUUGCCGUGUGACCAUUCCCCGUGACGUGUCUUGUGGCUCUCGGCUAUAUGAAGAUUUUAGAUGCAGCUCGGGAUCGGAAAGUUUGGCCACCCCUAUUGGAAAAAAACUUAUAAGAAUUGUCAUGCAAGACUUGUGCACAAAAUUUGGUCAGCUCAGGAUAGUGUUCUAAUUGGCUUAAAGAUGAACGUAUUUUACCUAUAUAUGCUCACUACAUGUGUGUGUGCUCAUGCAUAAAGGGAAAGCUAACAAUGGGGCAUAAUUACGCUCAGUGAUUAGGAACUCGUGUAGCUAGAAGAUGAUGGUCUUGUGAGAGCCUACACCUUACGUGGAUAUGUGGCUUUUUCUCACCGUUUCAGUAUAAAAAGUAACAAUUUUUUGGACAUUAAAGGUAAUAUCUGCACCAUAUGUAUGUUUAACUUCUUUCGCACCGUAUGUAGACAUACAGUGCGGGGGAAGGACAAACUAAACACAAAAAGCAGUUCUAAAGUAAUUUUCAAUUUAGAAGUGCAUAGCUCCAGUGGCUUUACUAUCGUAAGGGAAGAGCGUUCCAGAUGGUUGCAGAAGCGCAACUGAAAGCAUGUGAUGUAGUGACCGUCUUUGAUGAUAAUGAUUCGCUGCAAUCGUGGCAUAUGUGACGAAUUUGAAAUUGACAUUGCGAUUUGGCCUAAAAUCUAAAUAUGAACGUAGCCCUUGGGAAAUGUGCUCUUUGAACAAUGGAAAUUUGUUUAUAUAUGUCGAUAUGUCGUAGUUAGUGUUUUGUUAUUGUGUUGUACAAAACUAGGACGUGAUGUAAACUUUUUGAAUGCUCUGCAAAAGUCCCUCGUGGAGAUGUCGAUGCUAUAGUCGCACAAUGAAACCACCAUAUUCUUUCCCAUAGGAACCUCAUGGGCAGAACCUUUACAUUUUGGGUAAUUCGCGCUACAAGACAUAAUACAGAUUCAGUUAACCUCUAUUACGAGGCACAAAUGUUGAGGCCAUACAAAAUAAUCUGUGAAACUUGCAGAUGUGACCGAGUGUGAUUAUGGUUUUAGGGGCAAGCUCUGUAACCUCACCCCGUUCCCACCAGAACUCCGCAACCCCAUCCUCGACCCAUCGUUUUUGAUCAUUAACCCACCUGCUUUCCAGCAACAAACAUCACCUGUCUCCAUGACCACUCCCUCAGAUCCAACCCCUCUUCUAGAUCUUACCAAACCCCCCCCCCUUAUACCUCGGCCACUACAUCACCCCCUCCCCCCUCGGCCACUACAUCACCCCCUCCCCCAUGUGGGUUCCCGACCUAGAACCCCUUUAAAAUGGGAACCCUAGUGAGCUGCAAUUCAUGCCGGCGGUUUGCCAUCGGGUGUAUGGCGAGCUGCGUACUUGGCCGAACUGUGAUCGGCCCCUAGAACCACUCCGCUAUCGGUGCUGCUGAUGGUCGCCCACUUAGCGGCUCGUCAGCUGGCAUGUGAACUGGUCUAGCUCUGACUGGCGGAGGCAUCAGCUGGUCAACGAUGAGCAACGGUGCCCAUAGCUGCUCUCUGAUGUAGGCCGCGGGCUGCCGGCCUGCAUGGCUGACGACUCCACUGCCAGGACAGCCAUGGAUGUUUUCCAGCGCUGCUCCACUCAAUGCUGUAGGCCUCAGGCUGGCAAUGCACAUUGGCCGGCAGCUUUGCUGCCAGGAGCAUUGGCCGACACCGCUUCGCCAUUGACGCUGUAGGCCCCAGGCUGGCGUGGCGAAACACGUGGCUGGCGGCUUCAUCAGGGCAGCUGGGAGCGUUAACCGUGGCUGCUGUACUGUGAGUGAUAUAGAUUGCAGGCUGGCAACUCCCAUGCCAGGGCAGUCAUGGGCAUUGGUCGACGUUACUCUGUUGUCGACGAUGCCAGCAGCUGGCCGCUUGGUGGCCCGAUGGCUGGCUUUGUCCCUGGGCCAGACUUCGGCUAGAGACUGCCCUUGAUCUGUCGACCUUGGGUCCGCCUCUUCUCCACUCGAAAAGGGUAGGGGCAAAGCUGUCACUACGUGCCACCAUUCUUGAUGUUAGAAACGGCACUCGGCGGUCCUUGCUGCCUUUCCAACACUUAUCUUCUUGUCUCCAUCACCACUCGGCUCCAUCCUAUUUCCCAAAUCUUUCCAAAAAACACCCCCUACAACUUCACUGCUCAGACCAGGUCAGCCGCAGUCCACUAGUACACCAAUUCUUGAUUCCAAAACUAGCAUUUAUGGGUGUUUAAACAAAUUUUAAAGAAGAUGGUCUUGUUUGAUUGUGUAAAGACCUUCAGGUCUUCAAAGUUAAUGAGUUGAUGUGUAGAGGAGUGUUGUACCUCACUAGUUAUGUGACUUCCAAGAUACUGUGCAAAUGUUCACGUCGAAUCUGACCUUUGAAAGUGUUUUUGUGUUAUCACUAUUUACCUUUUCAUCUGUAAUAGCCCACAUGAAAUUCGAAAUUCCGAUGAAGUGGGCAAUAAAACCCAUAAGUGUAA